GUGCCCAAGCUCGUGGUAUUUUUUUCUAGCGUUAUUGUACAGGAUUGAUUCAUCUCAUUCCAUUCUUUUUGUAUGAACCACGAAUACAUGAACGUAUCGUUACGCCAUUCGUUUUCUUUUCUAUUGAAAUGAUUGUUCUCGGAAGCAUGAAUUGGAUUUUUAGACGGCUGCCUGCUCGUCAAAGAGCAUGAUGGAUGAUGGUGAACGGGAAAGAUUGCCUUCCUUGCCGUCGCCUUCCUCUUUGAUCAUGGGAAUAUGUUCGGGGUCGUGGACGGCGACUACAGAAUCAUGGAAAGCAUGCAUAGAGUCGCGGAACCCGUGGAAGGCGUCUUCGUCCAUCUCAAAGUGAUCGCUCUGGCUGUGGAAGGAUUGGUGCGAGACAUCGUCGUGAUGAAAAUGUUCAUCAUGAUGAUGGUGAUGGAGAUAGUCAUAGCCGUCAUGGACGUAGUCUCCUUGGAUGCUGUGGUGGUUAGCGAAGCCUUGGGUAUGAAUCUGCUCCGCGUGUCCCUUGGCGGACGGUCUAUCAAAAUAGUUGCGAGCGCAGUUGACACUUGAUGGAGCAACUGGAUUCUCGGGAUGAAGGUAAUCGGUCGCGAGUUUCUUGAGUUCUUUUGUUUCAGCGAUAACUUGUUCGCAAUCUUCGCCUUCAUGCUCAGGGGCAGAAGGACGAGUGAAGUAGUUCCUUGCAGCAGCAAAGCCAUCACUCUCAACGGGUCGCUCCGGAUGGAGGUACCAUCCAGCGACUUUCUUGAGUUCCUUGGCUUCGGCAAGAACUUGGUCUCGCUCUUCUUCGAGUUCUUCAUCGUCAUACUCGGGAGCAGAAGGUCGAGUGAAGUAAUUCCUUCCAGACGCAAAACCGUCACUCUUGACUGGUUGUUCUGGAUUGAGAUACCAUCCAGCGACUUUCUUGAGUUCCUUGGCUUCAGCAAGAAUUUUGUUUUUUUCUUCCUCAUCGUCACUCACGUGAGCAGAAGGCCGAGAGAAGAAAUUUCGUCCUGUUGCAGUGGCAUACACCGUCACAGGCUUCUCUGGAUGCAUGUACCACUUUGCGACUUGAAGCAAUUCGGCCGCAUCAGCAAGGAUCUGCUCGCGCUCGUCAGCAUCUUCCUCGUCUUCAUAUUCGGGAGCCGAGGGACGAGUAAAGAAGUUGCGCCCACAUGCGGUAGCAAAGACUGUGACCUUCUUCUCAGGGUGCAUGUACCAAUCAGCGACCUUCUUAAGUUCGUCAAGGUCCGCAAGGAUUUGUUCGCGUUCUUGAGUAUCACUCUCGUCUUCUUGCUCAGGAGCAGAAGGACGGGAGAAGUAGUUGCGCCCAUACAAAGUAGGAUCCACCUUCACAGGCUUCUCGGGUUCGAGGUACCAGCUAGCAACUUCCUUAAGCUGGUUCGCGUCUGCAAGAACACGCUUUCGUUCCUCUUCCAUCUCAUCGGUGUAGUUGGAUUCGAAAUCCAAGGAUAGAUGCUUGCCACUCGAGGUCUCCCAGGAACAGGCACCGGCAUCAUCAUCCAUUGCAGCAGGACGAGAGUAGUAGUUCCUUCCACAAGCGGUUGAAUCGACAGCAACUGGUUUGUCAGGAUGCAUGUACCAUUCGGCAGUCAUCUUCAACUGCUUCGUGUCUUCCAAGAUGCGUUCGCGUUCUUCCAUGUCCUCAUCCAUCACUGGAGCCGAAGGACGAGAGAAAUAGUUUCUUCCGCAGGCAGAAGCGUCAACAGCCACGGGCUUCUCAGGGUUGAAAUACCACUCGGAAGUAGUUUUCAAAGCCUUCAUUUCUUGGAGAAUAAGCUCUCGCUCUUCUUCUUCUUCGUUGACAGGGGCAGAAGGGCGAUUAAAGUAAUUGCGCCCAC